CGGGAGCACUGUUGACAUGAUCAGUCCUGUCUUUUUUUCAAGCCGUGCAAAAUAAUAACAAACUCGCGUUUUGACUAAAAAUAAAAUAAACUUAUAAUUUCUUAAAUUUUGAUUUCGCCCUGUGUUCGUGUACAUUCUCAUUUUAGUGAUGAGCCAGUCGAUAAAAUCUACUCAAUGGAGCAAUGUCAAGGCUUGUGCAAAUCCAAUAUUUGAACAGUGGUUAACAGAAUGGCGAGAAGAUGCAGUUCAAAAGAAUUCCAAGAUGCAGUAUGUUUACGGAAAGGCGAUAUCCUCCCUGAGAAAAUAUCCCUUGCUCUUACCAAAUGGGAAAGCCUGUCUCAUUCUUGAGUAUUUUGGACCCAGUAUUGCUAAAAUGAUUGACCGAAGAAUGCAGCAAGAAAAUAUGAGUUUGGAUGACGGAUCACAAGGAUUCGAAGAUUUGGCAGAUUCUCAAGUUGAUCCUUACAAGAAAGUUGCAAAAAAGCGUCAGAAAAAGGAUGGACCGUCAGCCAAUUCUAGUCAGAGCCAGGAUGACGACGACCUUGAUGGGUCACAAGGACCUGCAAAAGUAACAAAGCUUCAGAAGCGUGGAGGAAGAACGUACGUCCCAGGUCAACGUACAGGACCAUAUGCACUAUUAGUGGCACUGGGACUGCGAGAAAGCAAACCAGGUUAUCGUGGGUAUAUGACCAAAACUGAACUAGUCCAAGAAUCUCAACCCCAUUGUGAAUCUUCAAUGAGUCGAAGUGAGGUUGCAGGGGGGAAUUACACGGCUUGGAAUUCUAUGUCGACUUUAGUUAACAAAGGAUUAGUGCGUAAAGAGGGAAAUCCUACAAAGUAUCUGUUGUCCACCGAAGGUCGAGAACUGGCAUCAAAGUUGCUGCAAGUAGAUUUUGGAUUGAGUCUCACGCCUAUUCCAGAAAAUAGUGAUGAAAAUGGCAGCCAAAGCUCCGCCACCAGCAAUAUGACUAAGUAUCGAACUCAACUUGAACCAGGCCAAUUUGAAAUUAUCCUUUAUGUGGAUACUUCUGAAACUUCGGGGAGAUGCAAAAAGGAUGAAGUAAUUGGAGAACUGCGAAAAAAUGGGGUCAAAAUGGAGGUGGUUCGCCUUUCUGUUGGAGAUUUCAUCUGGGUGUGCCGUGAAAUAGUGCAAGCGGGUCACAGCUCUAAACGGCUAACAAUUUCUCGCAGUGCGGAACUGGUUCUUCCAUACGUCGUGGAAAGAAAAAGAUCUGAUGAUUUGGCUCAUAGUAUCAAGGAUGGUCGUUACCACGAGCAGAAAUCAAGACUGAGGCGAACCGGAUUGCAGGUCAUUUAUCUUCACGAAGAAUAUGGGAAAGGACAAGGAGACUUUGGACUUGCUGAGGGAGCAUUGAAACGAGCUAUAGCAAACACUCAGUUAGUUGAUGGAUUUUGGAUCCAGGAAACGAGUAAUAUUAAGGACACAUGCUCAUAUUUGACGCAUAUGACUCGUCAUUUCAAAAAAAUGUAUGAGAGCAAGAAAGUUUCCGGGUGUACGAAACAGGAGUGGCCAACUUACAAGGGUCUUGAGACCCCUUCAGAGACUUACUUUAUGACUUUUAGUGAUUUUAACGAUUUUGGCACUAAAAAAAGGACAUGGAAAAUCACGGAGAUGUUUGCUCGUCAUUUGGUGCGCCUUCGUGGAUUAUCAAUUUCAAAGGCUUCUGCAAUUGUUAAACAAUAUCCAACUUUCGCCGCCUUGAUGAGUGCAUAUGAGGAAUGUUCAUCAGAAAAAGAAGGCGAAAUGCUUAUUUCUGGAAUUUAUUUUGGUAAUACUGGUCGCACUAUUGGACCCGCUAUUAGUAGAAGCAUCUAUAAGCUGUAUAACUCUCCCACUUUCCCAAAAUAGAAUAAGUUGCACACACAUUAUUUUAUUGUAUUAAACCGUGAUAUUUACCUUAAAAUUUGAUUGCAAUAAUAAAUAAGACAUUCAACAUA